UAGCAAUAAGGGCGUUGCAGUUGGGAAUGCAUAUUCUUGCAUGUCGUGCUGUUUGGGAGUAGCCACAGGAAACGAAUUCGUUGUACCGACUGGUCGCCACAACUGAAAAGGGUUCAUUGCCGUACGUGUGACAACAGUAAAGCUACAAUUACACCAUGAAGCUGUUACAGAUCGCUCUUAUGUGUGGCUUGAUUGGAGGUAUCGUAGGCCUCCAAUGUUUCUUCUGUACUGACGGAUUAGGUGACACUUCCGUUGCCUGUCGGGAUCCGUUCAAUACAUCCACCACUGAUCCCACCGUUAUAAGACAGCUUUGCGGAGUUGGAGCUUACUCUUGUAGUAAAUCAUACUUGAGUUCAGCUGAUAUGAGUUUCACGGUGAGAGGUUGUGUCGACAGUUCCCUUUGCCCGGCCACGGAUGGGUGCACCUCGUCUGAAUAUCAAGGCAACGCUGCCACUGGCUGCUGCUGCACUACGGAUUUCUGCAACGGAGCUGGGUCGAUGUCGAUGAAUCUCCUCACCACUGCGGCUGUAGGCCUGGCUGCCUUAUUCGCUCUGUACUAGUGAGUGAAUCCACCACGAAGGAUUUGUGGGGGGGCAUCCCAUUUAGAAUUUGGCUUCCGUAGUCUGUAAAAUAUUGCUUUGAUAUUACUUUUGUUGCACAAGCAAUCUUCAUCUGGGCCUAGAAAAGCGCUGUUUUUCCCCUCAAAAUGAUUGAGCUUGAGUUUCAGUGUUUUAGAAUGGAGCAGUACGGUAUUCCCAGUGCAGAAAGAAUUAAGAACUAAGAUCCGUUAAAUCAUUUGAAUGAUAGGCUUUUUAGCCUGUUAGAUUUUUAAAAAUCCAUAAGUUGCAUUAGAUUUUUUACAAAUCCAUAAGUUGCAUAUAGGCCUAGUUAUGAAAAUGUACUACGUGAUUAGUGUACAUGGGAGGUAUGUAAUGGCAAGUAGACCUACUCAAAUCGGGCGAUUUGAGUAUGCCUAGGCCUAACGUACACUUUUAAUUAGGCCGAACUUCCACUCCACAAUUUAUAGUCUCACGGGCAUCACCGGAACACUUUGUGGGGUAUCACCGCAAUAUUAGAGAGCCACACUCACGGACAGUAACGUGGCCAGAAAAAAAAUCGUUUCAGGUCUGAAAUUCUCUGAAUAGCAUCCGACACCCGACCGGAGGCGCUGUUCAAAGUAAUAUGGACUGUAUAGGGCCUAAAUGAUCUGACAGUAGGUGGCGCUGUUCGUGGCUAGCGCCUCGAUCGCAUGCCCUGUCCAGCAGGUAUUUUUUUUCGUUGAGUCGCCACCCUAUCGUGUGGGGAGCAAGCGAGUGGCUUUCUGCUGAGAGUUUCAGUGGCGUAGCAAGGUCAUUGAAAAGGGCACUUGCACAUCCGUGCUGAAAUGUACCCGGAACGGCCAAUGGCACAAAAAGGCACGACUUCUUUU